CUCACUCAUUCACUGAAAGAGCACUCACACAUCGAGCGAAGGGUCGAAAGAGCAAACCAAAGAUUCUCUUCAGAGAAAGAAUCAGAGCCAGAAAAGCCUCUUCAAGAGAAGACAGAGAUCCCUUAGACUAACAGGUAGAAACACCCAGGUUGAAGAUGCAGGUGUGCACAGUGCUGGAGAAGCGCGGUGGCUGUGUGGUCGGAGCUGAGCUGAGCUGCAGUGUGAGAGAGGAGAAUGUUUCCAAGAGAGAAAGCUACAGCGCCGACUGGCAGAGCGUCAACAUGAAAACACAGCACGAGGACCGCCAGUCCAUGGUGAUGUCAGACGAUUCUCGGCGGGAGUCUAUGUCCCGUUACUGGCAGGCCCGCCCCCUCACCCAGUCAUGCCCAUCAGGUGUGCGGAGAGUGGGCACUCUGGAGUCGGGCGUUCGGGAGCACCAGCUGCUGCCCUUCAGAAACACCCUCCCCCUGCCCAUCUUCAAACCAGCCGAGCUAGGGGUCAGGCUGGGCCGCGGCACCCCCCACACCCCAGAGAACUUCAUCCCCGCCUACGCCCCCAGCGGAGCAUGCCCAGACAAGCGGGACAUCCAAGAGAUCACCAAAGAGCUGCCACCUGUCAAACCAAUCCGCAUGGAGUUCGCCAAAGCGCCCAGAACACUGGGCAGGUCCAUGUCCCAGGAGGCCCAGAGAGGGUGAAGAGAGAGUGCGACAGCAG